UAGGCUGCUAACUUCUACCAAAGACAUGUUUGUUUCUGCUUGAAAAGUGGUGAUGGUGUCACCGGGAAUUUCGUGAAGCCAAUAUAAAAUGGAAGGCAGAAUGUUGGAGAAGGAACGAUGUAUCAGUAGAACUGUUGAUUGUUCAUCCCGCUUAGAUGUUAUCAGGAAGCAUCUUGCUACAAAUGCUGGCGGAGCAUCAUGUCCAAUAUCACUUCAAGUUCAAGAUUGUGGAGCAUCAAGCAGGAUUAGAUCAUCAGAGACAAAGGUGCUGAACAAUGAUGUGGAAUUGAUGCCACCAUGCAGUGGUCAAGAGAGGGCGUAUUCCACUCUUCUAACUCCGCAAGCCAUCAGAUUUGUUGCUGACAUGGUCAUUGAGUUUGACAACAAGGUUGAUCAGAUCUUGAGAGAGAGGAUACAGAGGAAGUUAGAGUUGGAUGCAACCAAUGCCCAGCCGGACUUCAGAACAGACACCCUGCACAUCCAGCAGGGGACUUGGACUGUGGACCCUGUUCCUAGACGCCUUGUCAACAGGCAUGUGGACCUUGGUGAUGUGUCUCCUGCGAACAUCCAACAUUUCACAAGGUCCUUGCAGUCUUCUGCUCAAGGCAUUCAGACUGACUUUGAUGACGGGCACUGUCCAACAAGGCGCACACAGAUUGAAGGGCUUUACAACGUGUACAGAGCAGUGCACAACCAGAUACCUGGCGUACCUCCCAUUCAACAUGCACCCAUACUGAUGCUUAGACCUAGAGCAUGGAAUAUGGUCGAACACAACAUGAUAGUGAAUGGGAAAGAAGUUCCAGGUCCUUUAUUUGACUUUGGUCUCCUAAUGUUCCACAAUGCAAAGAUUCUAUUGGAUAGAGAGAGUGGGCCAUUCUUCUAUUUGUCAAAGAUUGAAGGAUACCGAGAAGCCAGACUGUGGGACAAGAUAUUUACAUGGGCUGAGGUGAAGCUUGGUCUUCCCCUAGGCUGUGUGAAAGCAACAGUACUCAUUGAGAAUAUCCUAGCAGCCUUUGAAAUGCAUGAGAUCUUGUACGAGCUUAGGAAGCAUUCGGCAGGGCUAAACUGUGGCCUUUGGGACUACUCUGCCUCUUUUGUCAAUAAAUUUGGUCAUAGGCCUGAUUUCGUGCUACCGGAUCGUCACAAGUAUGUGAACAUGGAGAGGCACUUCUUGAAGAGCUACCUGGUCUUGACGAUAAAGACCUGUCAUCAACGAGGCUGCCAUGCUACAGGGGGCAUGAGCGCCCUCUUGCUCCCAUCUAAGAAAGGCCCAGAGUACAGUGCAGGAGUGGAGAAAGCAUGCAGAGCUAAACUGAGUGAAAUCAAGGCUGGUGUGGAUGGUUUCAUGGUGUAUGACAUUGGACUGCUACAGCCCAUGCAACAGGUAUGGGCUAAAUUUGCCCCUUCUCCCAACCAGCUUGCUGUCCUGAGGUCGGAUGUCAAAGUUCAAGCCAGAGACCUACUUCUCAUGCCGUCAGGAGGAGUCACAUUGAGUGGCCUGAAGACUAACAUUGCUGUGGGCAUCCUCUUUAUAGACUCUUGGCUCAUUGGAAGAGGUCAUUUUCCCCAUGCUGGUUCAGUUGAAGACUCUGCUACAGCUGAAAUAUCAAGAUCACAGGUUUGGCAGUGGAUACGCCACGGGACUUGCCUCGAAGACAACAAGCAACCCGUCACUAGACAGCUCGUCAUUGAACUCACCCAAGCCUUCCUUGCUGAUGCCCAAGGUGCUUCCCGCUCAGGCCAUGGGGAUGCUACCAAGAGAUUGAGGGUGUCUGCAAACAUCUUCCUGCAGCUGGUCAUGAAAAGAGACUUUCCAGAAUUUAUCACAACAUAUCUGAACCUUACUGACUCUUUCCUGUCUAGUCCAUGGAACAUGUAAACAAAUCCCUUCCGAUAUAGAGUAAUAUACAAAUGAUUUAUUUUAAUACAUGUAUGACUCUUUAUGUCGGUACAUCCCAUUCAGGGUGCAGGGACUCUACCAAGCAAUCUUCCUAUAGCUUGUCUUGUAGAUAGACUUCCCCAAAUUUAUCACAACGUAUCUAAAUCUAAGUGACUCAAAAUUUAGGUUGAAACGACCGGAAGUGUCAACAGGAUCAUCUCUCACUUCCGUAUACUGAAGAUGAUAUCGUUUUCAGUUGACUUUCAUGACCCAUCAGAAUAAAUGUGUUCUCAUAGGAAGAAAUUUCUUGCUCGACUUGAUGAUGAUAACUACAUAUUCUGAUACCACUAUCAACUACAACUAAAAAAAAAUCCAUUAAUAUUAAAUGGGAAUUGAUGUGUUGAAAAUCAGUGCUUUAAAAUUUUCCAAUACAAAAUAAAAAGUAAAUCACAAUUUUUUUAAAUUGUGACUUACACUGAAUUUAGAUUGUCAAAAUAUAUGUUAUAUUAUUAAAGUAUUUGAAACGUCAGUAUUCAUUUCAUAUAGAAGAUAUUCCUCUUUUAGCAUAUUGCAUUUUUUUUAAAUUUUACUUUAAUUUAAUGACUUUUUUGUAGCCUCCAUGUUAUGAAGAGAUUGUUGUAAACAUUUUGUUCAAUUCAUGUUUUAUUAAUAAACAGAGUCUUGUUCAAUAAUUUUUUCCUUCAAAAUUGUUUUAUGAAUGAGUUGUGCUGUUAAAACGUUUGUGAUGUAAGAAUUUUGAAUCAUGAAAGAAAUAAGAUUAUUUUAUUUUGGGUAAUGAAUCUACUGAAAUGAAAAUAAAUUUCAAUAAGAAUAA